UUCCUUUGUGUUAUGUAGUUUGAGUUUAACUUUAUGAAACCUUUAACCUGCAUGGGUCUGCCUCCUGCCUUGUGAGCCUGCAUUUGGGUCCUCACAUUCACGCCUCUCAUGACAAAAUGAACUGGCCAGAACCGGACCGAGUGGGCCAUCCCUACAUCCCCUUGGCAGCACUGGUGGGAUGGCUGGAGGGAGGCGAAAUGGACUGGCUUCACUCUGGCUCAGCGGGAUUGUGUCUCCUACCGGCUUCACGCUUCACAUCUCCAGUGUUGCCACCAGCUCUGCAGCGUCCCACUCCAGUGCCCGGGUCUUCUCCCCCAGUGCUGCUAUCAGCUCCAUGGUCAACGUCCCCAGUGUUGCCACCAGCUCUGCUGCAUCUCACAUUGGCGCCCAGGUCCUGCCCAACUCUGCAGCGUCCCAUGCCAGCACCCAGGUCUUCUCCCCCUGUGUCGCCACCAGCUCCAUGGUCCACAUCUCCAGCAUCCUGUUCAGCUCGAGUCUGUGGUCUGCUACUCCGAGGGGGUUACUCCUCCUCUGUCUCCUGGGGUUCCUGCCUACAAGGACGUUGCACCUCCUCUGCUUUUGGCGCCAGGACCUGUCGUUGAACGGAUGCUGCCGAGUCCCACAGAGAUCCAGCUCCUGUCUGCACAACCUCCCAGCAGUCCUCCGGAAACCAAGCCUGCUGUCGUCUCGGCCUCUCAGCCGACCUCCAGAGGCAAGCCUGCUGUCUGCGCAACCUCCUAAACUUUGUCACCCAGACUGUUUGCCUGGGCCUCGUCCCUCCUCUAGACCCCCUCUGCCCACCCUGCUUGGACUUCCUUUUUUCUUUGGACUUUGUGGGCCGUCUAGUUGCUGGCUCUUGGGGAGGGGGUACUGUCAGUUAUUGCUUUAUGCACAGCUGUGAAAGAAACAGGAAGGCUUCACAAAGGGAGCAAAGGAAGCCCAAGUAAGCAACUACACAUAAGAAAACAAAAACUUGCGACCUGCAAAUGAUGAUAUUUACAAGCAACUUCACAGAAAUAUAAGCCCAACAAGAGAACUUUGCAGCAUCACCGCUGUAAACAGGAUGAAGCUCACAGCUGCUGGCCGACAUGUAUUAACUUAGCUAGUAAUGGAGUAACACAAAAUAGGAUAAUGGUAACUCAGUUACUUUAUUUAAAGAGAAAUGUGAUAGAGUAUUAGUUACUGACAAAAGUAACUGACUCAUUAUGAAUUUACCAAACAUUUGCCCAUGUAUUUUUUUCCAGCUUUAGAUAAAUAACCUUUGUUGAUGUAGUGCAGUCCGCGGUCCCCUGGAUCCAGCUUAGACUUGUCUUUUUUUUAAUCUUUACUGAUUUCUCCAGUUUUGUUGAAUCAUUUUAUUAUAUAACCAAUUUUUCUUUAAGGAGCAUUGCUUUGAAAAAUUUAAUUGAUUUUCCUCACACACUUGUUCAUAAACUACAUAUCUUUAUU